CUCGCUUCAGAUGUAUUUUUUUUUUUGUGUUUCUGGUUUGUUUACGACGCGGUUCACCGGCCCCGUUAGCCUGACAGCUGUCUGAGGGCUUUCUGUUUUUAUAUCGCGCCAUUUGAUGCUUCAUCACAUUGAAGACACCGCAAUGUGAACGAAACAAAAGAGGGAUUAGAAAAGCUGUUCAGCUAUAGGCGUUGCUCAGUCACACAACUAGGAUACAUUUGUUAGCCUAGCAUUUGGGCUAGCAGAGCGUAACGUUAUGACGUGACGUUGGACAUAGAAAAAAUGGCUGUUUGACGGAGCCAGAGCUAAGCCUUUUCCUGCAUUUUUAACACAUAUCUCGAAAAGAAAAACAAUUCGAGAGUCAAGCGCAUGUUUUUAAUACUUCAACACGCAGGUUAGGCUUUCCGACAGCUGCCUGGAGACUAACUUUGAACAGCUAUCGAGUCAAAUACAUGUUAGCAUGGCGUCAGAUACAAGUGACACCGAGGAAUUCUAUGAUGCUCCUGAGGACGUCAAUUUCACUCCAUCUCCAAAAGUGUCACCUGCCAAGUUUGUCAUUCCUUCGCCUCAGCUUUCACAGAGGCCAUUAAACGCUGCACAAGAUGUUAGCUGUGGAGUGGCAGCAUCUGCGACUCAGCAAGAUGAUUCCCUACAGAUCAUUGAUAGCAUCAUUGAGGAGAGUCAAAAAGGAAGUGCUGAGGAUGUUGGUGAGGUGGCUCAGCUGUUAGAUCAGCUUCAUGUCGAUGUGAGAGCAGAACCGGAAUCAAAGGAAGGCAACGCUGCUCAGGAAGUUCCUGUGGAGCUACCAGAGGCAGCAGCUGUCACACCUCAGCUUGUCGAGAGGCCAGAGGAACAACAGGAAAGUCCAGCAACAAACGGAGCAUGCUCUUUACCUGCCCCAGAACUCGUGGAUUUCCCAGGACCAUCAGUUGGGUCACAAGAAGGAGUUCAGCCCCCAGACAUCACAAGCACAGUAGGACAGAGUCAGCCUGGUGGUGCUGGCAUGGCUGCAGAUGGAGGGCAGGAUCAGAGACCUGCUGAUAUCUUAGACCAGGUCCCAUUCGCAGACAGACAGGCUGACUCCGACGGGCCUUCUAAGCCCCCACGGCAAUUCACAGUGGAACCAGACAUUGUAGCCAGCACCAAGAAGCCUCCUCCCUCACGCCCACCCCCUCCCAGUGGAGGUCCUCCUCCCAGGCCGCCUCCACCAUCUUGGCAGAGUCUACCUUCCAGGAAGUCUCAGGACUGUCUGAGACCAAGUGGACUAGAAGUGUCUGCGAUGUGUUCAGUCAACGACGAGGCUCUGGAGCCCUCCGGCCUGGUGUCUCCCAGCAGCACUGUGCGGAGUCUAACCAAAGAGCUGCAGCAUUCCUUGGAUUUGGCCAGCGCCACCAGUGGGGACAAGGUGGUGACAGCACAGGAAAAUGAGGACGAACAGUCCUCAUCUCAAAGCGGUGAACAUACACCAGGCCCUCAACGACCACGUUCUAACUCCGGUAGAGAACUGACUGAUGAAGAAAUCCUGGCUAGUGUGAUGAUCAAGAAUCUGGACACUGGGGAAGAGAUCCCUCUAAUCCAGGCAGAAGAGAAACUUCCUGCUGGGAUCAAUCCCCUCACUCUGCACAUCAUGAGGAGGACAAAGGAGUACAUCACGAACGAUGCAGCACAGUCAGAUGACGAUGACAAGUCACAGGCUCCACUGGCGGACACAGACGGAGGCAAACUGAAACAGAAAACGACCCAGUUUAAAAAGUUCUUGGGCAAAUCUGUGAAGAAGGCCAAGCAUCUGGCUGAGGAAUACGGAGAGAAGGCUGUCAACAAAGUGAAAAGUGUACGAGAUGAAGUUUUCCACACGGAUCCAGAUGAUCCGUCUUCGAGUGAUGAUGAGGGCAUGCCUUACACCCGACCCGCCAAGUUCAAGGCAGCACACAGCUUCAAGGGUCCCUUUGACUUUGAUCAGAUAAAGGUUGUGCAGGACCUAAGUGGAGAGCACAUGGGUGCCGUGUGGACCAUGAAGUUCUCUCACUGCGGGAGGCUGCUGGCCACUGCAGGUCAAGAUAAUGUGGUCCGCAUCUGGGUCCUGAAGACCGCCUUUGACUACUUCAAUAACAUGAGAAUAAAGUACAACACUGAAGGUCGAGUUUCACCUUCUCCGUCUCAGGAAAGUUUAUGCUCCUCUAAAUCUGACAAUGAUCCCGGGGCGAGUUGUGCUCCAGAGGACCCCGAGACAGAAGAUAGGAAUGCCCCUUUCCGUCAAGUUCCCUUCUGCAAGUAUAAAGGUCAUACUGCAGAUCUUCUAGACUUGUCCUGGUCAAAGAACUUCUUCCUGCUGUCCUCGUCGAUGGAUAAGACGGUCAGACUGUGGCACAUAUCCAGGAGAGAGUGUCUGUGUUGCUUUCAGCACAUUGAUUUUGUCACAGCCAUUGCUUUCCAUCCCAGAGAUGACAGAUAUUUUUUAAGUGGCUCUCUAGACGGAAAGCUUCGGCUUUGGAACAUUCCAGAUAAGAAGGUGGCACUGUGGAACGAGGUGGACGGCCAGACACGCCUCAUCACUGCAGCCAACUUCUGCCAAAAUGGGAAGUAUGCUGUUAUUGGAACCUAUGACGGUCGAUGCAUCUUCUAUGACACGGAGCGUCUGAAGUACCACACUCAAAUUCAUGUGAGGUCCACCAGAGGCAGGAACAAAGUUGGACGUAAAAUCACCGGCAUUGAGCCUCUUCCUGGAGAGAAUAAGAUUUUGGUGACAUCAAACGACUCUCGCAUUCGCCUUUAUGACCUGAGGGACUUGUCAUUAUCCAUGAAAUAUAAAGGUUACGUCAACAGCAGCAGCCAGAUCAAAGCAAGCUUCAGUCAUGACUAUUCGUUCAUAGUCAGCGGCUCUGAGGAUAAAUACGUGUACAUCUGGAGCACUUACCACGACCUGAGCAAAUUCACGUCUGUACGACGGGACCGCAAUGACUUCUGGGAAGGGAUUAAAGCACACAAUGCAGUGGUCACCUCGGCGAUCUUCGCACCCCACCCGGGCCUUAUUGUUCCCCAAGAAAGUGGAGCAGAGAAACCAGAUGCAGAGUGUAAGAGCCUGGACUCCAACGAUUCUGAAACGAUACCCUCAGGAGCCCUAAAGACAGAUCACACCGAGGUUCUACUCUCGGCAGACUUUACUGGAGCCAUCAAGGUUUUCAUCAAUGUAAAAAAGUACUGAGAACUUCAGCGGUUGACAGUCACUCGCAUUCACAGCUGUCUGUUGGAUAUCAGGCCUCAAGAUGGAGAGGCUUUCAGAUGUCACCCCACUACCUAACUGGUUAUGGCUGUAAGACAAAAAAGCUGCCUGUAGCUUUUUCAGGAGAACAGGGACCCUUAAAACGAGGGAGUGGGAUGGAAGAACUAGACUGUAAAAAAAAGAAAAAAUCAGACAAGGUUUGAUUCCCUGUCACGUUUCUAUUUUUUAUGUUGAAUACCAAGCAACUGUGAAUGGUUUUGGCUGUAAAGAUAAAAAAAAAAGAAAAGAAAAAAGAGCCAGAUAUGCCAAGUGUGUGAUUUGAGCAGAAACUACAUCUGCUCUGGUAUGUGUGAGUAAUCACUGUAGUAUCUUCAGGACUGAGCAUAACGACAAGGCUACUGGAAACAGUACAGGCACCUUACUGGACAACACAUUUCAAAAAUAUGGAGUUAACUCUUUCAAGUGCAAAAACACUGUCCUAAUGUAAGUCACAACUUUCAAUGUUUCAUGUGUAUUUGCCUCGAAGCAAGGAUGUUAAAAAGAAUAUGACUCACAGAUAAUUUGUGCCUAAAACAUUUAGACUGCUUUUCUAAAUUCAGGUUCAAGCUUUCCUCUAAAAAAUCUAUCAAACAUUUCAUGGAGGACGGCAAAAUCUACGGUACAGGACAACUGAAAUGCUUAUAAUUAGGGCUGGGUAUCUUUAACUUUUCCUGAACACAUACUGGCGCUUUAAUACUUUUGAUAUAUUUUCAAAGAAAGCACAUUGAAUUCUAUGAAACAGUACUGUACAUGUAGUGUGUGACAUUGCAUACUCACUGCUUUUGUAAACCAAACGAUGCACUAUUAAUUUCCUCAAUAAAAAAAAAAAGAAAAAACACAAACUGGAAGAUCACCUGUGAAUGAUCUUUGUAAGACUUGAAACAUCCAAUCAAAGGCUACAAUUCAGCAGAGAUGCAGUAAAACCAUGUAGAUACCUGGCCCUACCAACCCUCUCCACACAAACACACAAUCAUCACCAAGAGUGAUUUAUUUAGUCUCAGAACUAUUGCAGGUUAUCAUUUUUAAAACAAGCAUAAAAACAAAAAUAUAUAUAAUUAGUUACAGUGUUCAAACGUCUUCAUACAAAAAGAGUGCUGAAUCUUGCAGGGAUAGUGUGAGCGGGGACCAAUGGGACAGACAUGCUGGUCUGUACAAAGAGGAAACCAGUGGGCUAGUGGAGGACAAAGUCCAGAGAGUCAAUGUUUGCUCUUCUUUGUCUUCUUGCGGGAGCGAUGUGGUGACCGAGACCUGGACUUCCCCGCCUUCCUGUCUGGAGUCGGGGAUCGGGAACGUUUGGACUGUUUAGGAGACUUUGUCCUGUAAAAAAAAAAAAAAAAGGGAAACAUUUGAUAUCAUACUGACUUUGAAAAUAACAAUUAGGAUAACUGCAUCGGGACUGAACCAUGCCACUUGCUUUAAAGGAGAAAUGCUCCUCGAUGGUCGGGUCUGCUCAUCGUGAUCUUUACUUCGUUCUCUUCUUCUGUCGCCGUUCUCGCUUCUCUUGCUCCUUUCUUUGUUCCUCCUGUCGUCCUUUGACUUGUCUUUACAUUUUGACGUCAGUCUCUCGUUCUUUUCUUCAUCCUUUUCAAACUCCUGUAACAGAGAGGGUAAAGCAUCCCAUUAAAGUCUGAUUUUAAACCCAUUAAAUGUUAACAUGUCAUGGCUGAAAACUCACACACCCACUAAUCAACGCCUUAUAGGCUGCCAGGUCUCCACAAGGGGGAGCCGUCAGUGACAAACACACACACAGCAGUUAGAGAAACUGUAGCUAGAUAUAAUUCCCUGUAGAGUCUACGGUGCACACUGGACCAGAUACAAUGUCUGGGUUUGAGUGCUCUGCAUCAGUUACACUGUUUUUAACUGUGCCAACUAAUUUCAUGGUGUAAUUGUCCUUAUAACAAGCACUUUUGUAUAUUUAGCCCCAUGCUGUUUGUGAUUAAAUAAAUAUUUCUAUUAAA